AUGUCUGUCUGGAACCCCGAUAACAUCCGCGAUGUCGCCGAAUCCGUCGGUAUCCUCAACCUGAAUAAUGAUGUGACCGAGAAUCUCGCCCGGGACGUUGAAUACCGAGUUGCGCAGGUGCUCGAGGAAGCUCUGAAGUGUAUGCGACACUGUAAGCGCACAGUUCUUACUACCCAAGAUAUUGCGCUGGCUUUGCGCAACCUCGACGUGGAGCCAUUGUAUGGCUACGACUCAACUCGUCCGUUGAAGUUCGGCGAAGCCUCUCUAGGGCCUGGUCAACCACUGUUCUACGUCGAAGAUGAGGAGGUUGAUUUUGAGAAGCUGAUCAAUGCGCCUUUGCCAAAGGUUCCCCGCGAAGUCUCCUUCACUGCCCACUGGCUGGCUGUUGAAGGUGUGCAGCCGUCGAUCCCUCAGAACCCAACCGCUGCCGAUUCUCGCAACCUCGAACUGGUCUCGAAAGGCCCGAACGCCAACUCCACACUGGCCGCAAUUAGUGGCACAGGCGACGUGGCUGUCAAGCCACUGGUCAAGCAUGUGCUUUCAAGGGAACUCCAGCUCUACUUUGAGAAGGUCUGCAGCGCAUUCUUGCACGAAACAAGUGAGGAUUACCGCACCUCCGGGUAUUCCAGCCUCCGGGAGGACCCAGGUCUGCACCAGCUGGUGCCAUACUUUGUCCAAUUCAUUGCCGAGAAGGUCACACACAGUCUCAAGAAUAUUUUCGUUCUCACCCAGGUGAUGCACAUGGCUGAGGCGCUGGUCCAGAACCAGUCACUUUACGUGGACCCUUACAUCGCAUCCCUCGUACCAUCCAUUCUUACCUGCCUCAUCGGCCGACAGCUUGGUGGACCUGCAGAUCUCGUUGAGUCCUUCGCUCUGCGCGAUAUGGCCGCCUCUCUCCUAAGUCUCAUUGCCAAAAAGUACUCCCAUUCGUCUCACAUGCUCAAGCCUCGACUCGUACGCUCCUGUCUCAAGGCCUUCCUCGACCCUUCAAAGCCAUUCGGUGCUCACUAUGGUGCCGUCAUUGGACUCCAGUCUAUCGGUGGUGCUGAAGUAAUCCGAGUACUCGUCAUUCCUACUCUGCACGAAUACACCAAACUACUCAGCGAUGGCUUGGACGACGCCGCCCGUCGCCCAGCUGCGGAGCGUGUCCUGAAUGCACUUAUGGCUGUGUUGGCCUCGCUGCGUGGUAGCCAACCAUUUUUGACCAAUGGUCAUACUGUCACAGACGAUCUCCGCGCUAAGUUAACUGAGAAGGUCGGCGAUAUCAUUGCGGCAAAGAUCGUGGAGGCUGGUGAGGUACAACUAGCACAUAUCAUUGUGGAAGCAUGA